UAAAUCUCCACAAGGAAUCUCUUUUUUAAAGUUUUCACUACAAGGAAUCUUUUUUUUUACUCCCCAUUUUUGCUGGUAGGUUCUUUUGGUUGGUUGUUGGAGAAUGAGCUAGCAGUAAUCGUAAUAAAACCGGCAUAUUGGACUCUAUAUUCUUGCUUGAUUCCAGCGGUUUAUCUUGGAAGCUAUUGUUUUUUGCUUUUUUAAUCUGCUUGUUAUACCAGUAUAUUGAUGCUGCAUUAUGUGUAAUCAACUUUGAUUCUGGUUGGAACCUAAACAUACCGUGAACAGUAAUUGUGCUUUGGCAAAAGUUGAAUAAGUGCAUAUCUUUCUUUAUAUUGUGCUAUCUGUGGAUUGAUAAUUCUUUUCUGCUAUAGGUGAUGAUAUCUGCCAAAGAAGAGCCAAGCCUAUCAAUUCCGCCUGCUAUGGAUGGUCUUUUGAAGGUUCACAAGCGGAUUGUUGAUGUAGACACUGAUUCAACUAGUGCUCCACCAGGCGCUGGUAGGCCAGUCACUACAAGACUACUUGUGGCAGCCUCACAGGCUGGAAGCUUGAUUGGGAAGCAGGGUUCCACUAUUAAGUUUAUUCAAGAUACAUCUCAUUGCACCAUCCGAGUAAUUGGAGAAGAGCACCUUCCAAUUUUUGCCCUUCCUGAUGAUAGUGUUGUUGAGAUACAAGGAGAGCCUGCCGGGGUGCAUAAAGCAGUUGAAAUGAUUGCUUCACAUCUCAGGAAAUUUUUAGUUGAUCGUAGUGUCAUUGGGGUAUUUGAGAUGCAAAUGCAAAUGCCAAAUGCUCGUCCAAACCAGAACAUGCCUCCAUCUGGACCUUCUCAGUCAUGGGCCCCUCCACCAUCCGGUUUUCCCGCGAAUGCUGGGGGUGGACCUGGUUUUGGGCUCAACCCUCAGUAUAUGCUGCCUCCACGGCAAUUUGAUAGUUAUUACCCACCGGUAGACAUGCCUCCUUUCGAAAAGCAGCCCCGUCAGGCCCCCCCUCUUUAUGGUAGAGAUGUUUCAAUGGGAACUCAUGGUACAAAUGUGCAAACACAACAAUCCAUGGUUACAAAGGUCACCCAAAACAUGCAAAUUCCCUUGUCCUAUGCCGAUGCUGUCAUUGGGACCUCUGGUUCAAAUAUUAGCUAUAUUCGUCGGACCAGUGGUGCAUCUAUUGCAAUCCAGGAAACAAGGGGUGUUCCGGAUGAGAUGACUGUUGAGAUAACGGGAUCUGCAUCACAGGUGCAAACAGCGCAGCAAUUAGUUCAGAAUUCUAUUGCUGAUGCUGCCAGCUCAAUGCAGAACACUGCCGCUGGACCACCUUCCCAAGGCUAUAAUCCAUAUUCUCAAGGUCCUGUAUACACUUCAUCUAGUGGCACUGGCCAUACACCUGCCGGGGAUUAUGGUUCCAUUUAUGGAUCCAGCUAUGGUUAUUGAUGGAUAUCUGACUCAGACCAGUCAUGCUGACACAAUCAUGAGAUCCAAAGUCAUCUGCGGUUGGAAAGUUUUGUUGUUAGUUAGGAGGUGUAUCAUGAUUAGUAGUAGUGGAGGAUUGGAUGCGUUAGGUAUUGAGAUGGAAUUAGUGGUUUAGCAUUAGUCUUUUACAUUCGAUUUUGAAAUGUUUAAUUACUGGUAUAUUGCACUCAGUACAGGGUUACAUUUUACUCGGUUUGACAGACGCUAUGGGAUCAGUAUAACUAAAACAAAUUCACAUAUUAAAUACUUGCCCAGCAGAUGCUCGAGGUAAAAAGUUGUUUCCUUUUUA